AUGUUGCCAACCACCAGCCAACACAGCAAUGGGGCCCUUGGUUCGAGGGAUGCUGCUAGACACACGGCAGGCGCCAAACGCUGGAAGUACCUGCGAAGGCUAUUCCAUUUCAGGCAGAUGGACUUUGAAUUUGCCCUGUGGCAGAUGCUUUAUUUGUUCACAUCACCGCAGAGAGUCUACCGCAACUUCCACUACAGGAAACAGACCAAAGACCAGUGGGCCCGUGAUGACCCUGCUUUCCUAGUCCUGCUCAGCAUCUGGUUAUGUGUUUCAACAAUAGGUUUCGGUCUGGUGCUGGACAUGGGAGUUUUUGAAACACUGAAGCUUCUACUCUGGGUGGUCUUUGUUGAUUGCAUUGGAGUAGGUCUCCUCAUAUCAACGAUCAUGUGGGUGAUAAGCAACAAAUACUUGCUGAAACAUCCAAGGCGUGAGUUUGAUGUCGAGUGGGGCUACGCGUUCGACGUGCACCUCAAUGCUUUUUACCCACUCCUUGUCAUUUUGCACUUCUUGCAAUUGUUUUUCAUCAAUCAUGUGAUUGUGAUUAACUCUGGCUGGUUCCUCGGACACUUUGUAGGGAACACUUUGUGGUUGAUAGCCAUUGGUUAUUAUCUGUACAUCACCUUCUUGGGGUACAAUGCUCUGCCAUUUCUGAAGAACACAGUGGUACUGCUCUACCCUUUCGCCCCACUGGCGCUCAUCUACAUCCUCUCCAUCUCACUGGGCUGGAACUUUACUCAAGGUCUCUGUGAGUUUUACAAGUACAGAGUCCAGUAG